UGACAGGCUGAGACACAGAGCGUGAGAAGGAGGGAGCUUGCAGCACCUGAGAGGCAGCAGCUUCAUUAGCAUCAGGAGGAGAGUCAGUCACAGGCAGCCUCACCAGGACGCGUGUAGAUAAACUGCUACAGCGGAGGAGGAGAACGAGGCUGGAGCCAAAUCUUGAAUGAGGGGAUGAGAAGCAUCACUGCCACCUGAUUCAUACUGGGAGUCAGCCUCAGCACCUGCAGCGGCAGUCUGAGCACUCCGGCUAUCAAGGAGACUGGGGCAGACGGGGAGAGAGCUGCUGAGAUUAUGCGCGGGGCAGAGAGCUCCUGUGGAUUCCCCAUCUUUGGCAACGGCAGGAGCAGCAGGAGCUGUGGCUGUACAGAUAGCAGCAGAGCUAGCUGGAGCUGCAACAAAACAAGGAGCGCUCACUCCAAAUCUAUUUAUUUAUCCAGAGAUGAAGGUAGCAUUCACAGCCAAGGUGUAACUGGAACCAGCUGCCGAUGCUGCCACAGUGUUGAAUGUACCUGUAGCCAGAGCAGCGAUGGUCGCUGCAGCGCUGGUGUAAAGGUGACCACAGCAGUGCAGUUAGGUGUAGCUGUAGCAGCAGCAGGGGGGAGCAGUGGCUCAGGACACUGAAUGACCAGUGUGGCUGAUGAAGGCCACCUGGAUCCGCUUGCUGAAACGAGCCAAGGGAGGUCGCGUCAAGAGCUCUGAUGCCUGUGGUUCGGCCGACUCCUACACCAGCCGUCCAUCAGACUCCGAUGUGUCCUUGGAGGAGGAUAAGGAGGCAGUGCGCAGAGAGGCAGAGCGACAGGCUCAGGCACAGCUCGACAAGGCCAAGACCAAACCAGUUGCAUUUGCUGUUCGCACAAAUGUCAACUACAGCCCGAGUCACGAUGAUGAUGUCCCCGUGCCGGGCAUGGCCAUCUCCUUUGAGGCUAAAGACUUCCUCCACGUCAAAGAGAAAUUUAACAACGACUGGUGGAUAGGACGCCUGGUGAAGGAAGGCUGUGAAAUCGGUUUCAUCCCCAGUCCUGUGAAGAUUGAAAACACUCGUAUCCUCCAGGAGCAAAGAGCCAAACAGGGCAAGUUCCACUCCAGUAAAUUGGGAGCAAACUCAUCUUCUAGUUUAGGUGAAGUGGUUCCUAACUCAAGGAAAUCUACUCCUCCUUCGUCUGCUAAGCAGAAGCAGAAGUCGACGGAACACAUUCCUCCGUACGACGUUGUGCCUUCCAUGCGGCCCGUGGUUCUGGUGGGACCGUCACUGAAGGGCUACGAGGUGACCGACAUGAUGCAAAAAGCACUGUUUGACUUUCUGAAACACAGAUUCGAGGGAAGAAUAUCAAUCACCCGUGUCACGGCCGACAUCUCUCUUGCCAAACGCUCGGUCUUGAACAAUCCCAGCAAGCACGCCAUCAUCGAACGCUCCAACACGCGCUCAAACUUGGCUGAAGUCCAGAGUGAGAUCGAGCGAAUCUUCGAAUUGGCUCGGACGUUACAACUGGUGGUUCUGGACGCCGACACCAUCAACCACCCGUCACAGCUGGGGAAGACGUCCCUCGCACCCAUCAUCGUCUACGUCAAGAUCACCUCUCCCAAGGUGCUGCAGAGACUCAUCAAGUCCAGAGGCAAGUCUCAGGCCAAACACCUCAAUGUCCAGAUGGUGGCCGCAGACAAGCUGGCUCAGUGCCCUCCUGAGAUGUUUGACAUCAUCCUAGAUGAGAACCAGCUGGAGGAUGCAUGUGAGCAUAUGGCUGAUUACCUGGAGGCCUACUGGAAAAGCACUCACCCCACCAGCUGCAACCCGCCCAACCCACUGGUAACGAAGCCCACGGCCGCCCUGCCCUCCAGCCCGGCCCCGGUCUCCGGCGUGCAGGGCGGCAGUGCAGAGCAGAGAGGAGACAAAGCAUUAGUGGAGAGGAAGGGCUCCAGAGAGGAUCACCAGCACCACCAUCACCACCACCACCACCAUCACCAACAGAGCCAGGACCAGCCUGAUGCCGACGCAGAGGCCGAAGGGGAGGGCAAUGAGGAGGAGAGGCCUCUGAGGACGGAGUCUUCCAGGAGAGCCCAGCACAUCCACCACCGCUCGUCUUCCACCAGGACUGAGCACCACAACCACCAUCACCACCAUCACCACCACACCAGUCGAGCCCGGGGCCUCUCCCGGCAGGAGACUUUGGACUCGGAGACCCCCGAGAGCAGAGAGAGCCGAGAGAGCAAGGACUCGGCUUAUAUCGAGCCACGCACUCAGCUCCUCCACCAGGAGGAAGAGGAGGAGGAAGAGGAGGAGGACGAGGAGGAGGACGAGGACGAGGAUGUUGGGGAGGGGCACCCCCAGCAGCAACAGCGUUACGAGCCACUGCCCCACCGGGACCACAACCACCAUCACCACCACCACCAUCACCGCACAGGGGCGGACGAGGCCGGCCACAGCACGGGACACCACCGCUCAAAGGAGCGCGAGCAGGACCAUAAUGAACGGAACAAGCAGCGCUCCCACCACCACCGGCCAACACGUGACCACCACCAUCACUACUACGACCGGGACAGAGACAGGGACCGAGAGGGGGAGGUGGCUCCCAAAAAGAGGGGAGACGCUGGGGAAUGGGCCAGAGACUCCUACAUUCACCAGUGACAGACCAAGUCCCUCCUGAAGCUCAUUUGGACCCGUUCUGUUGUCCCAUCGUGCUGCUAUACCCUGAGACACAGCAUCCUAUUUAUGUACACUUCCUUUGUAAAUGCUGUUGCAUCUUUUUCAAUGGCAGGAUUUUGAUUACAUAGAUACAAAUAUAAAUAUAUAAAUAUAUGUAUGUGUGUAUCUAUGCAUAGACGUUGUUUAUGUGUGGAUAUGCAUGAAUAUUCUUAAAUAUGCAUAUUUUAAACCUGUGUUUGAUAAAGCAUGACACAAAAGCAGAAUUUUUUUCUGUACUGAGCUGUGCUUUCUGUGACUAGCAUUUAAGAUUUUUUUAUUAUUUUAAUUUUUGGGAUUAUUUUUUGCUUGCUACCACUUGAAUGAUGUGUUCCCUCAGACUACUGCUAGGGUUGACUGCAACGGUUGACUAACCAAGUUAGUUUGAUGCUGUAAUUGCAGAGGUCUUUUGUUCAGAAGAAUCGUUUGACAAUUUGUGAAAAUGAUUUACCGUACUUGCUGUCUUGCUGAGAGUUGGGUGCCAGUUUAUUAGGUAGCUGAAAGCUCCUGCUAAUGCAACAGCAACACAAUAAAUGCUACAUUCAUUAAGGUUAAAAUCAGGGCUGCAACCAAGUAUAACUUUCAUUAGUUUCAUUACUACCCUUUAUAACAAUAAGGGUAGUCUAAAUAACAAAAACCCCUUCCAGUUUUUACGCAAUACACUAUCAACAUCACACACUACGCCCUACGAACUGACCAGAAAAGUGAAUCACAACUUAACCCACAUGAUUUAUUGCAGGACUUCUGUAUUAGACUGGAUUAAUUUUAGCUAGCUGUACCUAAUAAACUGGCAACUGAGUGUAGACGAGAAGAUCAAUGGCUCUCAUAGCUGUAAGGUAAAUAUGAAGGCACAGCUAGCAGCCAGCUAGCUUAGCUUAGCUUGAAAAAAGAUAGUUUGACUGUCCUGAAGUACAAAUAAAUAAAUAAAUAAAUAAAUCUACCAGCACUAAUUAACACUUUAUAUCUAAUUUGUAUACUUUGUACAAAAAACAAAAUCUUAAGAGGACAAGUUGUGGUUUUACUAAGAGGCUCAAGUUAAGCUAACAAGCUGCUAAUGCAAGCAUUAGAUUCAUAUUUAAGAGAUAGGAAAAUGGUCUCAGUCUUCUCUGAAUUGGUUGAAAAGUAGUCUAAAAACUGGUGUAUGAAGGGGACCUUAGGUUUAGCUAACUUAAGCUAACUGGCUGCUAAUACUAACUGUAGCUUAUUUUUUAACCCUGCUUGGAAAGACCAGCAUAGAUCUUGAUAGUGACCAGUCACUAGCAAGACCAGCAUAUGUUUUGGUGCUGGUCUGUGCUGGUUUUUCCAGCAGGGUUAAAAAUGUAUUUUUAAGCUGAUUGUGGUUUUACAAUGGGGCUAAAGUUUAGCUAACUUAAGAUAACUGGUUGCUAAUGCUAGCUGCUGCUUCAUUUUUAGCAGACUGUUAUGAAAGUGGUCUCGAUCUGUCAAUAGCUAUCCUAAGAUGACCGGCUGCUAAUGGUAGCUGUUGCUUCCUGAUUAACGGACACACACAAAAGUGGUCUUUCCUACCUCAGCAAGAAAACUAGUACGUGUACUUCCCAAAGUGUCUGACUCCUCACUCAGUUUUACGUUCAUCAUUUAUUGCUUAGUUCCUUUUUGAAAUCUGCGUCCAUGGUUUUUAAACAUUGGGUUUUAUGCCUCCUUCGAGGUGCACCUUAGUCUUGCCUUACAAGACAAACAACUUCUACAAUAACUUCCUCUCUUACAUGCAGUACUGUUCUCUUUGUAUGGGUCCAGAAACAUUUUAUAACAUUGAUACACCCUUUAUUCUGCACUUUUACUGAUUCACAUUGGUUUUAAGUGACAGCGAUUUGAUAUGACAUUACAACUUACCAUACAUCGACUACCAAAACUCCAUUGAGGUUUCAUCUUUUAUUAAGUCUGACCCCCCUUUUCUAAUGAAUGUUGUUUAAUUCCCCACUUUGACUCCCACUUCGUAGUAUAAAGGACAUUUAAUUUUAGGAGCUCUUCAGUAUGUUCCUCACAAAAAAUUAAUGCAAAACCAACUCAAAAAAUGUAUAAUGUUUACCAGAUAAAUAUGUUUUCUGUCUUUUACCGUUUAUUCACUCCCCUAACUUGGAUCUAUUUAAGGCAAACUGAUGGUGUUUGGUGGUUUAAAAGCCUCCCAUUCCUUCAUAGGUUGAAUCAACUCAUAUUUUCAUGAAAAGGCUAUGGAAGCCCUUUUCUGCCAGUGAAAGAAAAAAUAAAUGACUACUAAGCUUGAUUAAAAAAAACUCCCAUGAUUAGUCAUAACUGUAACUGAGAUAAAUCAAAAUUAUAAAAAUAAAACAAGUCAAUAAAUUGUUGAAUUUUGACUUUUUCCCAUCAUAAUUAUGACUUACCACAGGAUUUUUUUUUUCAAGGCUAAGUUUUAAUACGUUUCCAUUUUACUGGCAGAAGAGGUCCUCCAUAGUAUUAAUUCAUGACACUGAAAAUCUGAAUUGAGCCCCUGUUUACAAAACCACCAACCCUGUCCCUUCACUUUGUUGUUUUUGCCUGAGAAUUGUAAUUAUAUAUACAUAAAAAAACUACUCCAUUUCUAUGCUACAUUGGUAGCAUUACAGAUUUUCUAACAGUGUACAUGUGUAUGUACAUACUGCAUAAAUAUAAAGAAUAAAGUUGGAAACAAAGGA